AUGCAAGAAACACCUCUGGUCGUCCUUAAGCUGUUCAAAGCUCAGCCAGCGGGACGGGACAGCCCAGAUCGAGGUUUGUGGAGAGUGAUAAGAAUAGCAACGACUGGCGCUAACGCCAUGGAAUAUACAGCACCGAAAGCGUACAUGAAGUUGAAUUGCGAAUAUGAUACGGAGAGAAUCAGUAGCGAUCUCAAUCGAUAA